UUUAACUUGUCAUGCUGGAAUUGUUUCUGUUUCCAAACCACAUGUGCUCCAGACCAACACACAGACGCGAUCACAUCUUCUAUUCAGACGCAUAUGAGAAAUAAUACUUAUCUCUUCAGGAUGGUGAAGGAGAGCAACAACACGAACUCCGUUCUUCAGUCAGAAGUGUCACACAGAUGCAGUUUGCUCUGUCUCGGUCCUCUGAACUUCCACCGUCAGGCUGUGGGAGAAAAGAUCUGCCUGAGUCAUGGAGAUCGACUCGCAGAGAAGACUGAGGCCACGUUCAAGAAUGGGCUGGUGUUCAGCAGCCGUCCAGUGAGAGUCCAGGAGAGGAUUCGUCUGAGAGUGCAGAGGGAUUCAUUCAUCUGGGAUGGGGCUCUGCGUGUGGGCUUUACCACUGUGCCACCCUCAGCCAGAUCUCUACCUUUGCCCUGCAUGGCCAUUCCCAACCUCACUGACAAACCUGGACACUGGGCUGCUCCACUGGAUGAAUCUGUUUGUGAAGCAGGUUCAGAGCUGGAGUUUUGGGUUUCUCGUGGUGGCAGCAUAUACGUAGCUGUCAACAACAGGCCGUGUAAGAAGCUAACAGGAGUGAACCUCAGCCAGCCUCUGUGGGCCAUGAUAGACAUCUACGGGCAGACGUGCUCCAUUUUGCUCCUAGGUUCAGAGAAACGUGAGCUGUUUUGCACUAGAAGAUCGUGUCCUCCACCUGAAUCUCUCACUUCACUUGCUGGUUCAGUUUCUGAUGUUUCAGACUUCACUGAUGAUGACUGCAUCUCCUGUCUUGACACAGAAGUCCCAACAGAUAUAACCUGUGCGGUGUGCAUGGUGAAAGAGGCCAGAAUCACACUGCCGUGUGGCCACCGGUGUUUAUGUAAACACUGCAACUCCAGAGUUUUUCAGGAGUUUGGCACCUGCCCGCUGUGUCGACACAAGAUCAGAGCUCCAUCGGCAGAGGAGCUGGUCUGAGCUCCGAGACAGUAGCCAGAAAUCACCAAAGAGAAGUUACAGAGUGACUGUUACAGUGAAAAUACUGCACUAAAUGCAAAAUCUGCUGCUAUUUCUAUAUUAUUUAUAAUGAUAACUUUGUCUGUACAGCGUACUUUUCUACCUCGAUGUAAAUCUUAAAGCAGUGUUGUAUUUUUGUCUAAAAAUUGUAAUGUGUUGAUGGUAAAAAAGAUAAACUCUGUUAUGUUUUAAGGGUUAAAAAAACCCUCAAAAACAAUAUUUUUCAAUGAAGCGUGUUUUGGAAAAGAAGCAUCUGUCUACAGCUCAUGUCUCUACAGUCAGGAAUGAGCGGACGUGAAAAUAAAUGUUGGUUUUCAGAUAAGAGCAGACUGUGUGGCUGAUAAUAGAAAAACUACACUCCCAAAUCACUGAUCAGGUCAUGUUGUGGCCACCAAACAUAACCAUAGCGAUCUUAAUUUAACACAAACACAUUUUUUACCUUUUAAUUCACAAACAUGUGUUUAUAUAAUUCUUUAAAUGUGAAAGUAAAUGAACCUAGUUCCAUCAUUACUUGAUUUUUACAUAUUUCAAUAUUUAUAAAAUGUUUCAUCAAACUAAAAAUAAAUAAUCAGAGUGAAUUAUUACAUAAAAGUGGUCAAAAUAAACUGAAACAGCAAAGAUUUGUUUGCACUUUGUCCUUGAAGGCUAAAAUUAACACAAUCAGACAUGUUUGUGCUGCCUUUGAGUUUGUGUUCAGUACUUAAAGUUGGUGUUUAUGAGUUAAAAACUAACAAUAUUAAAUCAAUCUGUGAACAGAAAACGUAACAACAGUAAGACCUUUAGUGUGAGCAGAAAUGGGCAGUAACGCAUUUAAGGUAACGUGCUUUCAAGCAAUGAGUAAAGCAAGGGAUUACUAUUGCAAAAAAAGUAAUUAGAUUACUGUUACUUUCCUGUAAGCACGCUGCGUUACUAAACCGUGAUUUUGUUCGCGGGAGUGUCUCGUGACAAUGACGUACGAGCGUGCGACGCCCGUGGCAACAACAGAUGUGUGUUGAUCAGCAAUGGAUAAUAUGAAGUGUGGGAGACAGUACGGCCAUCCAGCGUUUAAAGCGUGGACGUACUGACCUUACUUUGAGUUUGAUUCCGUAAAAAGUGACAAAAACAUUAGCUUCCACUGUACACACUGCGUGGGAACAGGAAUGUGAAAUUCACAGAGAAACCCCGGCAUCCCCCCACUGACAUGACCGCUGCGG